UUCUGCGAUACAAAAAUGGCCUUGGAGUCCGGCAGCAGCAGCUCGGAGUCGGGCAGCUCCUCCACCAGCGGAUCCACCAGUUCCGAGACGGGCAGCAGCUCGGACACGGAUUCCAGCAGUGCGACGCCGGAGGAGAAACCAUCCACGAAUUCCUCCGCCAAAUCGCAGACGCAAACGCCACAACAAACGAAUUCCGGGAAUGCACAGAGAAGAAAGCCUGCUCCUCCGGCGGCGGAGGAAAAAUCCAAGGCGAAUGUAGCGCCCUCCGUCAGGAAAGUAACUAAUCCUCCCAAAAGUAAACUCUCCAGCGAUGACGACGAGGAUGAGGAUUCGGCGCCGCCGGCCAAGAAGAACGCCCGUGCCAUGGGCAGUUCCACUGUAACAGCGGCAGCUGCCGCCUCUGCAGCCAGAAGGAAACCACCCGCGUCCGUCAACAAGCCCAGCAAUCCAGCUAACAAACCCAGCAAUCCUACCCAGCGAUCAGCAAACAACAACACCAACCGAUCACUGGAAAACGGCGAGGGCAAACGACCCUCGCUCUCCUCCUCGUCCAACAGUACGGAUGACUCAAUGAAGAUCGUCAAGAACGGCCGCAAGGUUCCCCUCAAAAUGGCCAGCACGGUGAGGCCAAAGCCAAUCCGAGGAAAACUGCCGCCGGCAAAGAAAAAUGGGGGAGGACCGGUGAUCAGCAGUGACGGCAGUUCGGACUCCGAAAGUGGCUCCAACUCAGGCGAUGAAUCAAGCUCUGGAAGCGAGUCUGAAGGAAGUGAUUCCAGCAACUCCUACAGCUCGCAGCCAGUAAAAGGAGGAGCUAAAGGUAAGAGGAGCGGUCCAACAAAAAUGCAAAACUCAGACAGCGAAGAAGAGCGAAAAGACAAGGCCAAUCCCAUGAGGAAACUCACCCGUUCACUCAGCAUGCGAAGGACAAAACAGCAGCCCAAACAGGACACCGAUUCUGAAUCCGAUGGCGACCUAGAAGAUGACAAAAUGAUGAUCUCCAAGAGUGCCGCCAAAAAGCCAGCGCCCUCGAAUUUGAACGCCAGCAAAAGCAAGGUGAAAAGGGAAUCCAUCGGAAUCAGCAGUGGAGUCCUGAGCUCCAUUAAAUCCCGACCCGUGUCACCUAUUACCCAGACAGAAAAGAAGUGCCCCAUCGAGGGCUGCGAUUCAUCCGGACACCUGAGUGGCAAUUUGGACAAGCACUUUUUGCCAGAGGCCUGUCCUAUCUACCACAACAUGUCCGCCUCGGAGUGUAAAGAGCGGGCUAAUGAGAGAAAACUGAGGAAUGAACAGCGACUAAAGAUGCCCGUCAACAUUGUGACAGCGCCGGGUAACCAAAGCACCAAUCUCAAGACGCUCUCGCCCGAGCAGCGCGAGUUUCUGGCCAAAAUUCGCGAGUCAAGGGCUAACUUUAAGCCGGCGAAUAACAAUUUCCUGGACUCGAAGGUUAAGUUGGAAAAAGACGUAACGGAUGAGGACCGGGAACCAAAUCUGUCAGGCCUGGUGCCUGACUAUGAUUUGCAAUUGUUCCGGGAAGCACAAGCUCAAGCCUCCGAAAGGAUAGAAGACGAACUCAAAGACCUGCCCGUGGGAAAGGGAAUAAAAUAUAUCAGCAUGGGCAAGUACAAGAUGAAGGUCUGGUAUCAAUCCCCCUAUCCGGACGAUGCUGCCCGCCUGCCCAAAAUGUACAUCUGCGAGUUCUGCCUGCGCUACCAAAAAUCAGAGACGGGCAUUAAGCGGCAUGCCGAGAAAUGCGUCUGGCGGCAUCCGCCGGGCGAUGAGAUAUACCGCAAGGGCAAACUACAGGUGUGGCAGGUGGACGGGAAGCGUUAUAAGCAAUACUGUCAACAUUUGUGCCUGCUGGCAAAGUUCUUCCUGGAUCACAAAACCCUAUACUACGAUGUGGAGCCCUUUCUUUUCUACAUCAUGACGCUGGCCGAUGUGGACGGCUGCCAUAUUGUUGGUUAUUUCAGCAAGCAUAUUCCUUUCCUGCAGGAGAAGAACUCGUUUUACAAUGUGUCCUGUAUUUUAACAUUGCCGCCAUACCAGCGAAAGGGUUAUGGAAGAUUACUCAUCGAUUUCAGCUAUCUGCUGACCCGCGUGGAGGGAAAAAUCGGCUCGCCUGAGAAACCUCUAUCCGAUCUGGGCCUGAUCUCGUACCGCUCAUACUGGAAGGAUGUGCUCCUGGACUACCUGUGCAAUCGAUCGGGAAACACGAUCGCCAUCAAGGAUGUUUCGCAGGAAACUGCUAUAUACUCAUACGACAUUGUGAGCACCCUUCAAGCUCUCGGAAUGAUGAAGUACUGGAAGGGCAAGCACAUAGUGCUCAAAAAGCAGGACGUCCUGGACGAGUACGAGGAGAGGGUGAAGCGAAGAGGAACCUUCCCCAAGAUCGACGACUCCUGCUUGAGAUGGCAGCCGUUCAUCAAUAUCCAGCCGAGCUCAUCUCCAUAACCACGUGGUUGGAAGCAUGCCCGGGCAUGCUUUGCGGACGCCGACGACGAUGACGAAUCCUUGGCUCCGAAUUCCUGAUUUCAACGAUUUUAUAUUUGGGUGGACUUCUGAAGAACCACAUCUCCAUUCCUCGUCAAUCUUGGCAGCCUCUUGUAUUUUGGUGGCUUGAUUACCUUGCUAAAAUCAUAAUUAUUUGCAUUUAUCUUAGCCGAUAAUUGCCUUAAUGUAGAAAACUUUUUGUAAACCCACUUUCGUAAUUAUUAUACAGUGGUAUAACGAGGCUGACAUCAAUUGGAGAAUGGUUUUUAGGGAGCUCCUAUCUCAACUUUUUAAUAUUUGUUGGUAGACCUUAAGGCCAGCCUAUUGUAAACAUAUGUAUGUACGUGUCUGUGUCUGUACUUGUUGGUAGCUAAGAAUUGUAGUAAUUAGAGUCUUAAGUUACAUAGUGAAAUUCUCAAAACGAAAAAAGCUUAAAAAAUAAGAAAAAUAUACUCGGUUUA